AACUUUUCUUUCAAGAAAAUAGUCAUGGCGGCCUGGGAUAGCAAUGCUCAACAUACGCUAGCUUUUGAAGAUCUCGACGAGAAUUGCACAAAUCACGAGACGGAGGUAAUUUUCGAGGCAUGUAAAGUCUUGCUAGGACUGUUCCAGAGGUUUAGUGAGGCAGAUUGGGCGAAGUUUUUGCUGGAUUACUUCUUUCGUGCAGAGAGCUGGCGACCGAGUGUUGUUUUGUUUUGCUCGGCUGCAUAAAUUGUUAUCGGAUCAAGCAGAACUCACCUCAUAAAUGUUGUGUUCAUCUCUUUUGCAGGAGAACAGCAUACAAAAGGUGAUCAAGCUGUACAAGGAAAAUCUCGACAAGAUAGAAGGACAAUUUUUAAAUUUGCAACAUCCUCCAUCGAUAUUUUUUGAGGUGGGUGACAAUUUUAUUAGGCAGCCAAUUGCAACCAGUGUGUGCUACGUAUCAGCACUAUGUAAGCCCUUGCUCGAAGGAAAUAUUGCAAAGUCUAACAGCAGUUUUUAUCUCUGGAAGUGUUGGAUUUUAUUUAUAUUAAUAUAUAUUUACAUUUCACGUUAAGUUAAAUGUAGAAUUUCGCGUAGUAUUGUGUGAGCUUUGGUCCGAUAUGAAUCGAAAUCUCGGCAACAGCACGUUCGUCUUGCAAUUUUAUGUUUAUAAUAUUUCUGUAGUUUGAUAAAUUUCGGUGUCUGGGUUUAUGUGUUUUUAUUGAAUUAAAGGUUCAAAAUUUCAGCUUUUGCUUUGCAGUGCAUUAAAUUAAACUCGAUACAGCAUACUAGUUCAGCCGUCCCUUCCCUCUCAUUUUGAUUUGUUACUUUACGAUGUAAGCCUCGUUGAGAAAAGUUUAACCUGCGAUGUUAAAGCUCCAGUCCAUCAAAGUCAUCGCCCUUCGUUGCAUGUAAUCUUGCGCAGUAUCUUUGCCCAGUUUAUCUGUUUAAUGUGUGAACUUCCGAUUCAUCAGACUGUACGUAUGCUGCGUCGAGACUGUACGUUUGUCGAACAGAUCAGAGGGCAUAUUGUGAUAUUUAGCAGAGUUGGACCAAAUAAUGACUUCUUUUAUACACGAAACUGACAAGGCAUAGUAAUACUGGAAGUAGGGAACCUUGGUUUUUUUCCUGAUUAUUUCUUAGUGCAUCUUCUUUACUAAAAGCCUAAAUGUUGAUUGAACGUAACUCCAUUAGCGUCAUAAUUUCGACUACAAGAGCAUUCCAUGUGAGUCCCCCCGUUUGAUGGCUUACAGUAUUUUGUCGUAUAUUGCGUCUGACUUUUAUGCAAAACUUGCAUGUAUUUGACGGCGAUCGCUAUUCAUUUUGCUUGUUUUACCGCCAAUUAAGCGUUUCUGUGUUAUUUUCUCGUAACAAUUAAACAGACGGCGACAGCAUAAUUUCGUUUUCAAAUUAUCAAAUUUUCCCAGAUGAAAAGCCUUUAUAAAUUCGGCGUUCCUCUGUCUUUCAACUUCAGCUAAUUGCAGUGAUGAAAGCUAAUCACUAGGCUUUUUCUUUACACUUAUUGCACUAUCUUACAUUUUUACCGGCAGAUCUCUGUUUAGGCUUUAAUUUUGCCGAGGGGUGUCCAAGCUGGAAGGUCCAAAAAACUAUUAUCAUUUCACUUUUACUGUGAUUGUCCUGGUUUUAUGUUUACAUUAAUUCCCAGAGGGUACCAAAUGUCAUGUGUUAUUGCUCGUUCCUCCACACUUUUUUUUAUUUUUUCAUUGUUUUCAAGUUGCUUGCAAACUGCAUAAAUGAUAAUACCUUCACUUGUUAUUUUUUAAAGGAAUGUUUGGAUUUGAAAAAUAAGCUGACAGAGUUAACAACUCGGAAAGAGUUUUUAAAAAAUGAGAGGAGUAAAUUGGAGAGGAGACCAGCGGCAUGUUCUACAUCCUCUGCAGAGCCUAGCCCUUCUUGUAGUACUCCAUCAUCUUCAGGUGCAACAUCUCCAAUCCCAAGCUCAAGAAGCAGCUUUGCUGGAAGUGACCAUCCAUUCUCCCCUCAGCUGCGUGCUCACAUACGAGUGCUUCUUCCAAAUAAACAAUACACAGUGGUGAGCUUUGUCAUGAUCUAUGACUAUUUUAGAUCCUCCAUAAGAUUAUUAAUACUCAUAGUUAUUUGGGAGGUUUUCUGCUGUGAUUCCCUUGCAAGUAUGCAUUUGGAUUUAUCACAGCUGGAUUUUAAUUAGCCUGCGUACAUCACAGACAUGAUUUAACCUCGGUUUGUAAAAUCUGUGAGGCAGCCCCGAUAUCCUUGUUUUGGGCCUCCAAUGGACAAAUUACCAGAAGUGCAUUUCAAAUUUCCUUUCAUCCUGAUUGGCAAAUCAACAAUGGCUUUUUAACAGGCCCAUUAUGGUACAUACUCAAAUCCUGGUACACAGCUGUGGGGGCCCAGAACUAGGAUCUUGGCGCUGUUUCGCAGACAGACUUAACCAGAGUUUUGUUCGCCUGUGGCGCAGGCUAACGCGCAUUUGUUCUUAGGGCUUUCUUUGAGUAGCUUUGCC